UUUCCAAACUAUCAUUCCCAUCCCAACGUGAUACAUGUCAAAAAAUUAAAUUUAACUAAAAGCAAUGGAUUCCAGGAUGUGCCGUGUCUGUUUGAGGGAGAUGGAGAACAUGCUAUGCAUCUUCGAAACGAUGCCGCUACCCGGCGUUUCCCUAGCGACCAUGAUUUCCGAUUGGUGCGGCUUCCCGGUUCUACCGAAGGAUCCUUUUCCCAAGACCAUUUGCCAGUCUUGUGCGCUGGAUGCGCAGACUGCUUACGGGAUGGACAGCGUGCAGGUGAUUGAGCAGGAUGAGAUGGUGGUCAGUGAGAUGAAUUAUGAGGAAGAAGGAUCGAAUGACUCCGAUGUUGAACUGAUUGAGCCAGUCGAUGGCAGCCAGGAGAUGGAGACAAUUGACUUGACAAUCGAUUCACCGGGGGACAACGUGGAGAAUAUGUGCCCCAACUCAAACUCCAACGGGAAUGGCAAUGUGAGCCAGAGCAGCGCCCAGAAGGAUACCAAGAAGAAAAUGCUGAAGAAGACACAUAAAUGUAACAUUUGCGGGAAGUAUUUCAUGUUACCUGCGCACCUUAAGUGUCACAUGUGGGUCCAUGCGCGUGAAAAACCUUACAAAUGCUUACAAUGCUCCCAGUCCUACGCACAAAUCCGCGGUCUUAGGCGCCAUGAGCGCGUACAUAGUUCGAGACCUGAAUUACGAUCCUACAAGUGUUCCCGAUGCCCCAAGAUCUUCAACAGAAACUCUGCCCUUAAGAACCACGAGACCAUGCACCAUAAUUAAUGCGAUCCUACAAGUGUCCCCGAUGCCCCAAGAUCUUCAACAGAAACUCUGCCCUUAAGAACCACAAGACCAUGCACCAUAAUUAAUGCGAUCCUACAAGUGUCCCCGAUGCCCCAAGAUCUUCAACAGAAACUCUGCCCUUAAGAACCACAAGACCAUGCACCAUAAUUAAUGCGAUCCUACAAGUGUCCCCGAUGCCCCAAGAUCUUCAACAGAAACUCAGCCCUUAAGAACCACGAGACCAUGCACCAUAAUUAAUGCGAUCCUACAAGUGUCCCCGAUGCCCCAAGAUCUUCAACAGAAACUCUGCCCUUAAGAACCACAAGACCAUGCACCAUAAUUAAUGCGAUCCUACAAGUGUCCCCGAUGCCCCAAGAUCUUCAACAGAAACUCUGCCCUUAAGAACCACAAGACCAUGCACCAUAAUUAAUGCGAUCCUACAAGUGUCCCCGAUGCCCCAAGAUCUUCAACAGAAACUCUGCCCUUAAGAACCACAAGACCAUGCACACCAUAAUUAAUGCCAAACCAAGAAGAACGACCAUGAUGUUAAAAGACUAAUGCAACGUGUUACCAAAGUAUAGGGAACUUCGAAAAGCGAACACCUCCAAAGAACCUCACAACGAUUAUACUCAUUUUUUGUCAAUCCGAUAUAUGAUCGUUGGAAUAAAUACUAAACGCUGGGACACUGU